CCUGCGGCGCCGCCGUCUCGCAGUGGCUGCGCUCGUAAUCAUGGCGGCGUCUCUCUCAAUGUCAGCGGCCCUGAGGUGCCUCCUCGCCCAGCGCGGGGCGGCCACGGCCCGCCCGCCGCCGCUCAGGUCACUGAGCACUUCCACAUGGCGGCUGGCGCAGGACCAAACUCGAGACACGCAACUCAUCACAGUUGAUGAAAAAUUGGAUAUCACUGCUUUAACUGGUGUUCCAGAUGAGCACAUCAAAACCAGGAAAGUUCACAUUUUUGUUCCAGCACGUAAUGCAAUGCAGUCAGGACUUAACAAUACAAAGAAAUGGAAGAUGGAAUUUGAUAACAGGGAACGCUGGGAGAACCCUUUAAUGGGCUGGGCAUCUACAGCUGAUCCUUUAUCCAACAUGGUUCUUACUUUUGCUACUAAAGAGGAUGCCAUUGCCUUUGCUGAAAAAAAUGGCUGGAGUUAUGAUGUUGAAGAGAAGAAGAUUCCAAAACCUAAAUCCAAGUCUUACGGUGCAAACUUUUCUUGGAACAAAAGAACAAGAGUGUCUACAAAAUAGGUUGGCAUUGGCUGUGUGACUCUGAAUACAAAGUCAGCUGUGCUAUAUUUAUAGUCCAUGUAUAAUACAUCUCUUAAUCUCCUAAUAAAUUUGACCUUUAAACUACA